AUUUGAAUUUGGAUGAACAUUAUUGCAUAUUGUCUUGCCAAUAUUUUCCCCACUUACUUUCCGUUUCCAAGGUAACCUCACUGUGCAAAUUAAUCAAAUGUUACUGGAAAGAGAGGACAUUUCUUAGCCCCCCCACCAACAAUCUCUGUGUCACUGUUUGUGCGUGUGCAUGCUUCUUGCCCACUCUCUGCAGCAGAUAGUUUUUCCUCCCUCCCUCUCAUUUUCUAUGCCAUCUCCAACUCAUCCUCUCUCCCCUCUUUUUAUCUGCCGGCUCUCUCUCACUCACUCUCUUUUCCCCUCACAACAUUCACUUCCUGACAACCACUGCCAAAAGGACUAACAGGCGGGCAGCAUAGCCCCAGAUUCCAUCACUCGAGGAGGGCCUAGAAGAAAAUAAAAAAAAAACACAGACAAGACAGAAGAGAAAAAAAAAGUUCAAACUGGAGCCCAGGUGUUUUGACACUUUGGAUGUCUGUGUCGCUUGCUUGUAGCUUCAGCAUUAAUGGCAACCAAUGGCGAAUAAAGGAGGUUGACUGAGGACAGAUUUUGUGAGAUAGCAGGGGAAUAUCAACCGGUUCAAGCCAAGUCGUCUGGAGUAUUAAUUUGAAGUUUUCACAACUUAUUCACCCCUUUUGCACCUGAAAACUUGCAACUGGAUUGAAGUUGAUAAAAAAAGCUACAAAGGAGAGUCAAGGACAACUUUCCUAAACUUGGACAAAGUGUUCAGAUUGGGCGUGGCUGCAUUGCUGGCAAGGAUCAGGGCAGCCCGACUUGGCUUGGUGAUACGGUUCUGAGCGAUGACAUACGGCGGUCCCCCAGGAUGCUGAGCUUGGAUGGCUUGGAGAUGAUCGCUGUGCUGGUGGUCAUGGGUCUCUUCAUCAAAGUCCUGGAACAAUUUGGGAUGUUCGAGCCUGUUGGUGGGGAAGACAGUGUUGAAGAUGACUUUGAGUUGUCCACUGUGUGCCAUCGCCCGGAGAGCAUGGACAAGCUGGAAGAGCAGACAAAGUUCACCAAGAAGGAGUUGCAGGUCCUCUACAGGGGUUUCAAAAAUGAGUGUCCGAGUGGAGUGGUGAAUGAGGAGAACUUUAAAAACAUUUACUCACAGUUCUUUCCUCAGGGUGAUUCGAGUAUGUAUGCACAUUUCCUGUUUGAAGCCUUCGACACCAACAAGAAUGGCUCCGUUAGUUUUGAGGACUUUGUUUUUGGCCUGUCCAUCAUCUUGAGAGGGACGAUUAACGACCGGCUAAACUGGGCUUUUAACCUAUAUGACCUGAACAAGGAUGGCUGCAUUACCAAAGAGGAAAUGCUGGACAUCAUGAAGUCCAUCUAUGACAUGAUGGGAAAAUACACGUACCCCACUAUGAUGGACGAUGCUCCAAGAGAACACGUGGAGAGCUUCUUUCAGAAAAUGGACCAGAAUAGAGAUGGGGUGGUCACCAUAGAUGAAUUUAUUGAUUCAUGUAAAAAGGAUGAGAACAUCAUGCAGUCCAUGCAGCUGUUUGACAAUGUCAUCUAAGGAUCUGGACCAGUGAGGAUACUGGCACCAGGGAGGGGAGUGGUGUUGGCGGAAAAGGCAUCAGGACUGAAGAGAUAGAACGAGUUUGUGAAUGUUUGUGUAUGUGUAUGUGUCUGUGUGUGUGUGGCUGAGUGGGAUACAGGCCUGAGCUUGUGUCAUCGCUGAGAACUGUGAAUCCUUUGGGCGCAGAGAAACCAUCACCCUCCUCCUGGACCUCUAGUGGCAUUUCUUCCAGCAACGGUGGAGUUUCCAUGACUCCCAGGCUAAUCAUAAAGAACCUUAAUUAGUUUUAUCCUUGAGCACAGACAAAGAAUGCUUGCAGUGGGCUUACGGCAACUAGCACACCCCCAGCUGUUUUAUUUGAACUUUUAUUUAUUACUGUGUCUAGUAGGUCAGCUAUCACAGCUUGCAAAGACUGGACUCAGCCGGAUCAAGUUUCCUUUAAAACCUUGAUCCGAAAUAACUUUCUCCCUUUUCCCUAUUAUGCUCGAUAUUUGGAUUUGUGAUUCUGAUCUCGCCUCUGUUGCGCGCCGUGCGGGAACACCUCCCUGGAGCCGAGAGGAACCAUAGAAAUGAGUCUGUGGCCACCUGGUGGACGUGACAGAGAAAGACACUUCCUGAUGGAGCGACCAACAAAUUGGAGAUCCCAGAGAGCCGAGUUGAAAGCUAAACGAAAGUGUUGUUUUCCAAGAGAAACUGACUUCAGUAUCGCAUGAUGAUGUCACUAAUAUCUAAUUACAUAUUUAAAGAGAUACUCCAAAGUCUGCUCGUCUGUCUGCUGUUCCUAGUCAUUCACAGGUGCCUCACCCUCUGUGUGUGUCCGAGUGUGUGCAUGUGUAUCAGGAAGACAUGCUGUCUGUCUUACAGAUGAGUCCCCGCGGUGAGUCGGCACCCAUGUUUAUUCAUGGGUUAGACUAAUUCCUGGCCUUCCAAACUAUCCAGUUCUAGCAGUAGUUGUCUGAUGACUGUUGUAAUGUUUUUAGCAUUCCCAGUGGAAUGACAAUUAGCCAGUGCAAUGUUGGAAUAGCACUAUAGUUGAUCAGCUUUAGACCAGUCAAACCAUGUCAGUAUACGACUGUAAACCGCAGUCAUACUGGGCUUUCAAAUUUCAUUAAAGGGUAAAAUCAGUGUAUCCAAGACCGUAUGUGUGAAAUUCUUAUUACCUGAAAUGUCAUGUGGUUGUAGCAGGUUCUACCACUUCAAAAUCAUGUUUAUUUUGAAUAAAAGGCUAUUUAGCUUUUGCAAUUACAAUAUGAUGAAUAUGGAUGUAUUUUUGUUUUUUUCCCCCAUGUCCGCCACAUUUCCCUUUUCUUCUUAUCCAUAUUUCUGCCACCAAAGAGGAAAUAUUAGACAUAUGUGAGUCUAAUGAAUAUGAGACACUGUAAUCAGUGAGGCAAAAAGCACUUAGAGGUAAAGGUAUGAAGUUUUGCCUGCUCACUGUCAAUGUCAUUCAAGGUUGUGAACCUGCAUGAUAAGCUGUUAUGAAUAUUUCUUUAAAAAUGUUUACAGCUACCAUAUAAUUUGCCUCUUUUUAUACCAGAACAUCACUGAGCUCCAACACCUUGUUACCAGAGGCACUGAAACAUUAAUUCAGAGAACCUAACAUGGAAUAGCAAUAAUGUUCUCCAUCACAGUACCUUUCCAUUUCCACUCAAUCUCUCACUUCCUUCAAAGGAACUGCAUUUUUUUUAAUUAUUAUUUUCUUUCAAACAUUCCUAACUCUGUGGUAUAGUUUACACAUGCAGUAUUUUUUAUUUCACUAGAAAAGUGUUUCAGCUCAGUUCUUAGGUUCCUGACUACAGUAAAACCUGUCUAUACCCGCAUGUACUGUGUCUAGAACAAUGAAAAGUUACAUGUUGUAAUGAUUGUCCGGUUAGCUAGCUGCUGGUUGCAUUACAUAUUCAAAAUAUGUAUAUUUUGUACAGAGAUAAUAAAAAUCAGUUACUAUGCAACAUGGGAUGAAAUUUGAA